AUGUUGUUCUUCUCUCACGUGCUGGCCGGAGCCUUGCUUCCCUUCUUCAUUCUUCCAGGACCUUGGGUUUCAGCUGAGAACAUCAACUUCCACAACGUGAGACCUCCACUGGACCCCACUCCAUUCCCAAACAGUUUCAAGUGCUUCACUUGUGACAAUGCAGUGGACAACUACAACUGUAACAGAUGGGCUGAAGAUAGAUGGUGUCCUGAAAGUACUCAGUACUGCCUGACAGUUCAUCUCUUCAGGGACAAUGGGCAGAGUACAUCAGUCACCAAAAAAUGUGCCACAGGAGAAGAAUGCCACGUUGUAGGCUGCCAGCGGCACCGGGAAAGCGGCCACACGGAAUGUAUUUCUUGCUGUGAAGGCAUGAUCUGCAACGUGGAGAUCCCAACCAACCACACCAACGCCGUCUUUGCCGUGCUGCACGCCCGGAGGACGUCGGAUGGCAGCAGGCGGACAGCCAGCGUUGCAGGGCUCCUGUCAGUCAUGAUGAUUGCAUGGUCAUGA